AUGUCAUCAGCUGGGGCAAGGCUUGGAGCCACUGGUGGAGUUGUUAUUUUCACAAAUAUGAUUCGGAUCAACUUGAAUCUUCUUUCUCAGUCUGCUCAUCUAUCUAUCUAUCUAUCUAUCUAUCUAUCUGUCUGUCUAUAUCUAUUUAUACUCAGAAUCCACAAUACGUUACGAGUCUUCUUCAGAGUUUUCUUCGUCUCCUCCUCCUUCUUAUUCUUAAGUCUUUUUCUUCUUCAGAGUCUUUUCAAUAUCUUCUUCUUCGUCUUCAGAGUCUUUUUCUUCUUCAGUCUUCUCUUUCUUUAUCCUCUUAUUCAGACUCUUUUCAAUGUCAUCUUCUUCUUCAUCUUUAGAGUCUUCUUUUUCUUCUUCUUCUUCUUCUUCUUUCUUCUUCUUCUUCUUCUUCUUCUUCUUUCUUCUUCUUAUUCUUUUUCAGAGUGUUCAUCAGCGUCUUCUUCAGUCUUUUCAGUAUCUUCUUCAAUCUUCUUCUUCUUUUUCUUUUUCGUCCUCAUCUUCAGAGUCUUUUCAAUGUCUUCUUCUUCUUCUUUAGAGUCUUCUUCAUCUUUAGAGUCUUCUUCAUCUUUAGGUCUUUUUCUUCUUCAGUCUUCUCUUUCUUUAUCCUCUUCUUCAGACUUUUCAAUGUCAUCUUCUUCUUCAUCUUUAGAGUCUUCUUUUUUCUUCUUCUUCUUCUUCUUCUUCUUUCUUCUUCUUCUUCUUCUUCUUUUUCAGAAUGUCCAUCAGCGUCUUCUUCAGUCUUUCAGUAUCUUCUUCAAUCUUCUUCUUCUUCUUCUUUUUCGUCCUCAUCUUCAGAGUCUUUUCAAUGUCUUCUUCUUCUUCUUUAGAGUCUUCUUCAUCUUUAGAAUUCUUCUCAAGAAUUUUCUUCUUCUGAGUCUUAUUCUUAAGUCUUUUUUUUCUUCUUCAGUCUUCUCUUUCUUUAUCCUCUUCUUCAGACUUUUCAAUGUCAUCUUCUUCUUCAUCUUUAGAGUCUUUUUUUCUUCUUUUUCUUCUUCUUCUUCUUCUUCUUCUUUUCGUCCUCAUCUUUUUCAGAGUCUUUUCAGUAUCUUUUCAAUGUCUUCUUCUUUUUUCAUUCUUUUCCAGAAUCUUCUUCUUCCGAGUCUUCAUCUUCUUUUAGUCUUCAUCUUCAGAGUCUUCUUUUUCUUCUUCUUCUUCUUUUUUCCUUCUUCAGAGUCUUUUCAAUGUAUCUUCUUCUUUUCUUCUUUCAGAGUCUUUAGAUUUUUCAAAUUCUUCUUCUUCUUCUUCUUCUUUAGUCUUCAUUUAGAGUUUUCUUCUUCUUUUCAGUUUUCUUCAGAGUCUUUUUCAAAUUCUUCUUCUUCUUCUUCUUUAGAUUCCUCUUCUUUUUCAUUUUUCUUCAUAGUCUUCUUCCUCAGUCUUUUUCAUCCUCUUUUUCGGAGUUGUCUUCACGCAGCCAUUGUAGUUCAUCUGAGGAAUUCUUCCGCCCUUGGCCGGUGA